CGAAAAUCUCACAUGACAGCGACACCGUACGACGACCCAUGGGUUGGCGUUCCUCUCCGUGAACACCAAACCAAACAUUAACAUCAACCAAACAGAGCCCUAGUUUUCGAUCUGUUCCAAAUUCUCUGUUCCCAUUUCAUUUUCUCAAUUUCCCAAUUCAAAUUCCCGAUUCACCUUCGUUCUUCGCUUGAAUUCUUCUUCCAUUGUCAAUUUUUACCUCAGUGGUUGCUUCUUUCGCUUGUUUUCAUCUUCCUCAGCAGAUCAGGUUUCAAUUUGCUUCUGCUCCAGCUCUGAAGGAUCCCCACUCUCUCUAUAAAUGAAUGGUCUAGUGUAUGGCUUUGUAAGAUAUUGAUAUAAAAGUAUGGGCAGCAGUGAGAUGGAUAAAACCCCUAAAGAGAAGGAAUCAAAGACACCACCACUUACUCCACAGGAGCAGCCUCCGACCACCAGCACUGGAACAGUUAAUCCUCCUGACUGGUCCAGCUUUCAGGCGUAUUCUCCCAUGCCUCCACAUGGAUUCUUGGCAUCAAAUCCCCAAGCUCACCCUUAUAUGUGGGGUGUCCAGCAUAUUAUGCCUCCCUAUGGUACUCCACCACAUCCUUAUGUUGCAAUGUAUCCCCAUGGUGGCAUAUAUGCUCAUCCAUCCAUUCCGCCGGGGUCCUAUCCUUUUAGUCCUUUUGCCAUGCCUUCUCCAAACGGUAUUGUCGAGGCUUCAGGAAAUACUCCUGGCAGCAUGGAAGCUGAUGGUAAGCCUCCUGAGGUGAAAGAAAAAUUGCCAAUCAAAAGAUCAAAAGGAAGUUUGGGUAGUUUGAAUAUGAUUACACGGAAAAAUAAUGAACAUGGUAAAACACCAGGGACGUCAGCUAAUGGAGCUCAUUCAAAAAGUGGUGAGAGCGGAAGUGAAGGUACUAGUGAAGGAAGUGAUGCAAAUUCUCAGAAUGACUCUGAAUUGAAAUCAGGGGGCAGACGGGAUUCUUUUGAAGAUGAACCAUCUCAAAAUGGUACUGCAGUGCAUACUACACAAAAUGGGGGACUUAAUACACCUCAUCAAACUAUGUCUAUGGUGCCUAUCUCUGCGGGUGGUGCUCCUGGAGCUGUUCCUGGUCCCGCUACAAACUUAAAUAUAGGAAUGGAUUAUUGGGGCACACCAACUUCAUCCAACAUUCCUGCACUGCAUGGAAAUGUUCCAUCUACUGCAGUUGCUGGAGGGAUGGCUACUGGGGGAUCACGGGAUGGUGUUCAGUCACAACAUUGGCUACAGGAUGAAAGAGAGCUCAAAAGACAAAGGCGGAAACAGUCUAACAGGGAGUCUGCUCGCAGAUCCAGGUUGCGCAAGCAGGCUGAGUGUGAUGAGCUAGCUCAGCGUGCUGAAGCUUUGAAAGAAGAAAAUGCUUCACUCCGAUCAGAAGUAAGUCGUAUCAGGAGUGAUUAUGAGCAGCUACUUACUGAGAAUGCAGCUCUCAAGGAGAGACUUGGGGAACUACCUGGGAACGAUGAUCUUAGGUCUGGCAAGAGUGAUCAGCACACGCAUGACGACGCCCAACAGAGUGGGCAGACAGAGGCUGUGCAGGGUGGUCAUUAGGAUCACACGCCGCGUUUCUGGAAGAUAAUCUAACUUAAUAGCAAGAGCGCGAUCGUGUUUUGGAUAGCUUGUAGUUCAAAUUGUAUUAGAGCUGACCAUUUAGUCUUCGGAUCUGUUUAUGUUACAUGAUCCAUCAUUCCUAAUGUGGUUUUUUUCCGUCCCCAUUCAAGACAACCUGGAUCGUAUGUAGUGUGUGAAUUCUGUGUCACGCCUUAUCUGCAUCUUCCAAGUUAGUGUUCAAGUUUAGCAAUGUAGUUAAUGAACUUGGGUGUUGUCCAUUAUAUAAUUUCCUGUACAAAUAUUUUAUCGUGAAAAUAAAGAAAAGGAGUAUCACUGAAUUCCAUUC